UAUACGCAUAAUACUACUAUUCUAGAAGAAAUAUGUCUAAUAAAAAAAUAGUAUGAGCACAAAAUAUCUAUAUUUUCUUAGAACUACCAAUCAAUUGUGAUGAUUUAUGUUUUAUUGUGAUUUGUCAUUUAUUACUUCUUUCAAUAAACGGACAAAUUAUAUAACCAUAACCGUAGUUGCGUAUUUUGUAGGCGGGAUAUUUAUUUUGUUUGAAAAAUUCUGCUGUAACGUAAAUAAAAAUAUUUAGCAGUUCUUAAAGUACUAGACUAAAAGAUUUUGAUUGAAAAUAUGAUUUACAUUUUUAUACUUUAAAACAAUUGUUUUCAGUACUUGUUUGAAACAUUUGAUUUAUACCAAAAUUCACAUCCGUUGAUUAUUUUCAUUUUUUUUUCUCCUUGUAAGAUGACACUGAAAAAGAAAUUGUUGAAAAUAAAAGAUAUUAUCGAGUACGAGUCUUAUAUGGAUGAAAGUAAAAAAGAUGAAUUGUUUAUUGUAACCGAUAAAGAAAUUUGGGAUGUAAAAUGUGAUCUGGCUAGUUUUAUUCAACAAACUUUAAAUCAAUACCUCUCAUUUCUGCAACUUAAAAAAGACAUUGAGAGUUUGGACGAAAAACAAAAGACAGCUUCUUUGAAGUUGAAAGAAACUUUAAAAUCAAUAGAAGAAACAAAAAGAGCUGCUGCAACCCGACAAAAGAAGAAGGCUCUGAGAUCAAAACUUUAUGAUCUGUAUAAACACAAUCUGGGAUUUGAAAUAAAGCCACUCAAGGGUGGUUCUUAUGAAGAACAGACAGAAAUGAUGUUUUCAUUUCAUCAUAUAAAUAAAAGUAAGCCUGAAGAUGAAUAUAAGUUUAUUUUAGUGCUGAAAGGCCAAAUAUAUGAUGUGAAAUCCUGUAAUCCUCCAAUAAAAGGAAUCAAUGGAUUGCUUGAAGAAUUGAAUAAAACAAAUGACUUGAGUGCUUUUGUGGUUCAAGUAAGAAGAAGCUUUUGUGCAACUGUCACCACAUAAAACUUUUCUGAUGUUAAUCAAUUUGUAUCAAUGAAUAUGCCUUUCACAUUUUUUAUAAUUUUACUAUGACUAAGCAUAAAAUAUGUCUGUAGAAAAAUUGAAAAACUUGUGUAUGUAUUCAGUAGAGUGAUUUUUACCUAAUCUACCAAACAAAAGAAAUUGAUAGAAAAACCAAUAUGAAUCAUAAGAUCCUAUAGCAAUUCUGCCUAUCCUAUCAUAUGCAAGUCAUGGCAGAUAGAAUGAAUACAUUCUGAAAGAAUCCUUAUUUAAAAAAUUUCUGACAAAUCUACACACAAAUAAGCACAUUUAAAAAAAAAAAAAAAGAUCUUAUGACAUUUUUAUCAGAAUAACUGUAUUUAGAACUGAUCAAAAGCGCCGAAAUUUUGGUAAAAUGCAAAAUUGACUUGUCUCCACAAUCUUUAAUAUUGAACAACCCAGAUCUGACAUUUUCAUUAAUUUUUAAACCGUCUUACAUUAGAUUAUUGGUGGUCAGAAAAGUAGAUAUUCAUCACAUAGAAAAAUUCGCAAAGGGUCGUCAUUGUUUCUGAUUUUAAUUACCUGUGCUCCCAAAACCUGAAGUUUCAGUUAGGUUAAAGAUAGAAUAUUGUAAAAUCAAUAAGAAAAGUAGCAUUUUUAAAAAUAUAUAAACUGAAAUAAACCCUUUAAGCAUCUUUAUAUCUGAAUGAGUUCAUAUUGGUGGAUUUGUAUACUUUCCAUUUAUACUACAUUUAUUCAGUUGCUAAUUUUGAAAUAAAUGUCUGUUUCAAAGAUCACCAAUCUUGAUGAUGUAUCGUAAAUGAAAGACGAUAUUACCUUCAAACUAGAACACUGAUAUUUGUUACAGGCUUCUGCAAAAGUUGAUGGAAUGAACAAGUUAUUUAUAAAAAUUAGAAAAUUUGGAGUUAUUUAUAAAAUUUGCUCGUUUUACAUUGAGUACUAAAACAAUUUUCGUACUCAAUGUUAAAGAUUUGUGACAGUUUGAUUUGCAUUUCUCCAAAGUUUCAGCACUUGUAGCUUGGCUUAAAAUCAAAGCAUCCUGAUGAAAAUGUUCUCUUGUAGGAAUUUCCUUGCUCUUUCAACACAAGUGCUCAUUUUACAUUAAAGUCCCUCACAUUUUUUUAAAAACUAGGAUUAAGUAUUGGUAGCAUAUUUUAUCCACUGUAACUUGCUAUGGUAAGAUAGUGGAUGUGCUUGCUAUAAUAUUUUAUUAUCCUCUCUCAUCUCAGGGCUCUUCUAUCACUCCUUUGUUUGUCAGAUUAGGUACAACUCAUCCUGUGUAUAUGAUUUUCCAUUGAUAUGAAUUUUUAAAAUCAGUUCAUAGAAGAAUUUUUCUUAUGCUUUGUAUUCUGUAUAUAUUUUGUACAUAUUUAUAUAAAUUUUAAUAUUUUUUUAAACUU